ACUCACGUGUACAUGACAUUGCGCGACAUCAGGUUAACCGCUUGUCAUCUCUCGUCAGUUUUAAUGUCAUUUACUUAAGUUAGAAUAAAAUCUUUUAGCAGGAAAUACAAUCAACAUGACAACGAAGAAAGGUAAAGUACUGACCAAGGGAGCAAAGCAAAUAAAAGAGGAGAAUGUUUCCACGCUGAGCUUCUAUACUAACAUGGCUCUAGGCGCAAUGGGAAUUUACUUCGCCGUAACAAUGGUGCUAUUUGAGUUAACUGCACUAACGAUAACAAUAAUGGUAUUUUCUUCAAUUGUAUACAUUGGAAGCUAUCAAUUCAUGUCCUAUAUGGCUCGUACUACAUAUUCAGAGUCCGGCCAACUCCUGGACUCUGGUGUUGAUCUCAAUAUGGAAGGUGGUAUAGCAGAACAUGUCAAGGAUUUAAUCAUACUGACAUCAGGAGUACAAAUCCUGUCCCUCAUUUCAAACUACUUUUGGUUGUUGUGGCUUUUGGUACCAUUGAGAGGAAGCUGGAUGCUCUGGAAACAAAUCUUGGCUCCAUGGUUUUUCGCUCAGCCGCAAGAACAACCCGAGAUAAGCGAAAAAAAGCAACGCAAGUUGGAAAAAAAAAUGGCCAGACGGCAUUAAUGAAAUUAUCAAAAGUUGUCAGCAGUGCAAUACGACGAUUGUACAAUAAUUGAUACAAUCGGGAGAGUAAGUUUGAAAAAGCAGAAAGAUAGGAAAGUUAAAACAAGCUCUUUUAUGGAUGUUUAGAAUAUCAAAUUCAUUGCUACAACAGAAUACAAUUUAAAAUCGAAUGAAAUUUGCGCUUUUUAUGAGGAAAAAUUAAUUAAUUUAAAAAAAAAAGUUUUAUAAAAUUCAAAAGAAUUGUGAAUUUGGAGAAGGGAACAGUGAGAGGGAGAUAGAUUUCGUUCUUAUUGGAGCAUUCCGUAAUAAUUAUUUCUCGAUAGAUCAUCUCAAUGUAUAUAGUCUCAAAAUUAGGAUUGAACACACGUUCUUUUCUUAUUUAGUAAUAUUUACGGACUUAUUCCUAUAUAAGUCGAAGACGAUGAUAAAUAAUCAUUAGGACUUGAUAAAUGUAACAAAAAAGAAAUAAUAUAUUCAUAAUAUAUUCAUUUGAACACAAGAAUAUUAUAUAUUUAUUAUAUAUUAAUUUUUUAAUAGCUACUCUUUCUAUUAUCUUUGGCUUAUAUUUAUAGGAAUAAAACCGUAGAAGUUGCUAGACAAAAAAUAUCUCGACGCUUUCAUUUCUAUUUUGCUAACUUCGUUAUAAUGCUAACAUAAACGGUGUUUUGUAAUUAUAAUGAUAACAGCAACUUACAGGUUGUGUUAACAGGAAAUUACGGCAGUGUGUGCUCCAUUUUAUAAAAAUCUUCCAUUGUGCGUGCGAGGAUUUGAAUAUAAUGAUAAUGAAGUGACCAGGUGCCUUCAUGAAAACGGAGAAAUAACGAUAUCAAAACGCGCGUUUAAAAAAUAUCUAUAAAUGAAAGUCAAACAAGAUAAUAGAUAUAAUGAUACUUGUAUAUAUUAUAGCUUUGAAAGUUCAAUCGUUCUCCUUUCGAUGUACAUGAAAAUCCGAUUUAAAGCAGAUUAUCAUUAAUCUAAGGAAUGUAUAUAUUACAAUUACGUUAUUAUUCAAUGACGUCACGUAAAUAUAAAUCAUUAUUUAUUAGAUUCUGAAAGUUGACAAACUGACACAUCACAGUAUUGCAUUUAAAUCUAAUGUAUUAUAUACAUGAAUGUAUAUAUCUUUGUAUGGGAAUGUGGACAUUUAUAAGAAUUAACAAUGUUUCAAUCAACUUUAUAUAAAUAGCGUUAUAUAGUUGAUCUUUUAUAAUAAUUGUUGAACUCUUUAUAUAUAUUGGUCGUGAAAUACUUAUAAUGUGCAAAGAGUGUCUUUAAAAUUAGGCCAACAUUUGUACUUCUCAUCUAAUAUUAACAUGUCCAUUUAAUUCACAGCUUUCGUUUUGGCUUUCACAUAUGAACGCCUCUGUUCAGUGAAAAAUUCAUGAUUUUUUAUAAAUAAAAACUUAUUAUUUAAUUAGAGAAUCAAGCCGAAUUUAUUCUGUCAGUGUAAUUACAUUAUCAAAUUAACUCGGCGAAUUUUAUCUGAGAAAAAAAAGGCACUCGAAAAAUCAGUAGGAUUAGCAGAAAAUAUUCAGAAAGAUACAAUUCAUUUCUUCUACAAAAAAGACUUCUCUAAAAGACUUCAGCAUUAAAUAAAGAUAAUCAGAAGAAGCAAUUUGAUCUUAAUGGAGUUGAAAACGGAUUAUGGAAGAAAAAAUAUGCAAUAAAACUAAUUCAUUUCAAUUUUUACUACGAAAAUGAAUUUUGCAAAAUAUUUUUUAAUUCUAUAAUAUUGUAAUUCAGCACAGGAUCAAAUCAAAAAUUUUAACAGUUUGAAAGAAAGUUCGAAUAUAACUACAUAUAAAAAAUUAAUUUUAUUUACAUGGAAACAUCCUAGAAUGUAAUUCAAUCAUAGAGAAGUUAUUUGCGUUAAAAAAUUUAUAUAAAGUCUUAGGAACAUAAUACUUUUAACGAUGUAAUGAUAUAUAAUAAAUAAUUUAUCAAUAUAUGUAAUUUUAAUCAGAUGUAAUUUUAACAGUGUAAUGAUAUAUAGUGAAUAAUUUCUCAAAAUAUCUAUUACUACAAAUAUAAAUUAUGUGAACGAAUUACUACAAAUAUAAAUUGUGUGAACAAAAUAUCGAUUUCACUGAACAGCAGAGCGCAUGGCACUGCCAAAUUAUAGAAUCUAAUUAUUUUACAAGACUAAUUUUUAGAUUCUAUAUUUUGCCAGUAAUGGUCUCUCUACACUAGGAUAUAAAUCUUUGAUUUUUAAUCAAAGAAUUACAUAAUAUACAAAAAUUAUUUUGUUUUCUUAAGUCCAAAUCAGAGGAAUCUGAAUAUUUACCUUCUCUUACUUUGUAGCAUAUCGUCUGUUUCAGUUAUUAGAUAUUGAAGAUAUAUAUGGAGCAAGUUAUAUGUAUCCGACUUUAAUUACAAAGCACUUUGAAAUACAGCAUGGAGUAAUGUCCCUUA